AAACUUUCUCAUCAAAUGAAAUGUGUACGUAUUCUUUUUCGAUGAUCGUUCAUUUUGAUCAUAAAUUUUUGAACAAAAAAAAAAUGGAUCAAACAAAAUGUUUUCAACAAAUUGUCCAUACGAUUGGCAAUCAUUCAAAUUCUGUCGUAUGCAAUGGACUAAGAAAUGAAGAUAAAAGUCGACAAAUUUCAUGGAAACUUCGUGAACUAGUUGCAUCGAUUACCUGUAUGAAAGAUUAUCUAUUGGCCAAUCAAAAAGAUUAUGUUAACAUUUACAAUUCAAUACUAUAUUUAUCAUCGAAAAUGACCGAUGAAGAACGUGAUCAAAUUGAUAAAGAUGUUCAUGAUUUUGUUAAAUUAGGAAAUGAUGUAAUCAAAAUAUUACGUGUCGAAUUGAAAUCAACAACUUCCAAACAACAAUUCGAACAUGAAAUGAAUGCAAUCAAUUUGGUCGAAAUGUAUCUGCAAUCAAUCAACGAUUUACAUAAUAAGAAUAAAGCAUUACGUUUACGAAGAAAUCUUUAUAUGCAAAAAUUUUUUCGGCUCAAUAAAUCGAAUGUCAACAACAACAACAAUAAUAAUAAUAAAACUGAUGGUAUUGAUGGAUUAUCAACAUCAACCGAAAAUCAGGCCGCUAACAAAACAACAAUCAAGUUGAGAAAAAAUCAAAAAUCAUCCGAAACAAACAAUAAUACUUUGAAAUCUUCUGAGAAUCUGAAUUCGAAAACAUCAUUUUAUAAUGAUUAUCAUAAUGAACAAUUAUUAUCAUCGAAUAAUGAAUCAAUGAAUAAUUGUCGUUUAGCACCCGAAGAACAAAAACAAUUUCAACUUGAAAGUAAACAAAUUUAUGAUCAAAUGAAUUCAAUGAAUGAAGAAGUAAUAACAAUAACAAAAAAAUUAGCCGAAAUAUCUAAAUUACAAGAAUUAUUUUCAGAAAAUGUUAUCAAACAAGAAUGUGAUUUAAAUAAUUUAAAUCUUUCAACAAUAACAUCGAAUGAAUCAAUACGUGAAGGUAAUGAACAAUUACGUGAAGCAAUGCGUAAAAAUGCUGGAUCACAUGUUGAUAUGCAUGAUUUGUUAUUAUUAUUAUUGAAUCGAUGUAUGUACAACAAAGUAAUCUAUAAUGCUGGCCUGUUUAUUAUUGUAACAUCAAUAAAAGGUUAUGAAAUACUUUCGGCCAUAAUGAACAAAUCAGAUUUAUUUGUUAAUUGUCGUUUUCAAUGUAUGGUAUUCAAUUUGAUCGAAGGUGAAACAAUGAUCGGUAAAAUUCAGGAAUGUACACCACAAGGUGUAACAUUAAGUUUAAAUUUUUAUAAAUCAUUAGCUAUCGAUGCUAAUUAUUUACCUAAUCCAUCAAAAUUUGAACAUAAUGGUCGCCGUUGGGUAUGGAUCAAAAAAAUUGGUAUCGAUGAACAUUAUUUCAGUAUCAAUUCGAAAGAAGAUGCAAGAUUUAAAAUAUUAAAAACACGAUUUAAUCGAUUCAAUCUACUUAAUCAACAACGAGUCAUUGAACCAAUGAUUACAAUGGCUACAUUUAAACAAGAUUUAUUAGGACCUAUAGAUUGGUGGAAUUGAAUUUGCUUAUUCAUUUUGUUAUUUGUAUUUUUUUUAAAUUAAAUGUAAA